CAGGUCUCGCAGAAAGCAGUGGGAGAGGAAUUUGGGUAUAGGCUUUAGGGCCUCCACUCAACAACUCGAACUCACGGCUGCAGAGAGCGUCUCUCUCGGCGUGGUGGGGUUUGGAGCUUCUUUUCUUCUCUGAUUUUUUUUUUUUUUUUGGUUUUCCGAGUGGAAUGAUGGCGGAGGAGGCGGUGCGACAUAGCUCCAACGCCGCCGGAGCAGAGGUGAUGGAAGAAGAAGGCCGCAGCAUGGAGACGCAGAUAGAGCGGGCCAUGCGCUGCCGUGUCCGUCAUUUCAAGGAACAGGCCGAUUCUUUGACUUUUGAGGGUGUUCGAAGGUUAUUGGAGAAGGACUUGGGGUUAGAGACAUAUGCGUUGGAUGUACAUAAGAGAUUCAUUAAGCAACGUCUGUUGGAGUGCUUGAGUGGUGGUGAUGAUGACCAUGCCUCCAAGAAUUCAGCUGAGACAGUGGAGAAUAAUGUUGCUACUAGCAAAGCCGAAGAGGCAGAUUCUCCUGGAAAGGAGCAAGUGAAGAAAGAUGAGAAGGAAACUAUCUCUGAGGAUGAAGAGAAAAUGGAUGACUCUCCAGUAAUGGGCCUUCUAACAGGGCACAAGAUAAACAAAGUUCAAACGGAGGAAACUCAAGUCAUUAAAACGAAAGAAGUUCCUAGUCACAGCAAAAUAAAAGAGGCUAUUAAAAACAGAGCUGCUUAUCUGAAAGAUAAUUCUGAAAAAAUUACAAUGGCUGGAGUUCGUCAGCUUCUGGAGGAGGAUCUCAAGCUUGAGGAAAAUACUCUUCAUCCCCUAAAGAAAUUUAUAAGCGAGCAAGUAGACGAGGUAUUAAAAUUCCCAAAAGUUUCAGAUCCUGCAAGCGGUGUAAAGAAGAAAGCUUCUGAGAAAAAUUCUAAUAGAAAAUCAUCAAAAAGGUACAGCAGUGGAGAAAGUUCUGAUUCUCUAGAGAGUGAAAGUGAGGAAAUAGAAGAUGAGGUAAAACAAAAAAAGAAAGUGGCUCCGAAAAGACAAGUUCAGAAAUCUGAAGAGCCCAGGAAUCGUAAAAGACCAGCAAAGGAGACCAAUAUCUCUAGGAAGAAGCGUAGCAGGCCAGCAGAAACUUCAGAGGAAAAUAGUGAUGAAGGAGCUGGUGGGAAUGCAUCUGAAGAUGAUCAAUCUCAAUCCUCUGCUGAAAAACCUGUCAAGAACAAAGAUGUAGCAACUCCUGUAUAUGGAAAAAGUGUGGAGCAUCUAAAAUCAAUAAUCAAAUCUUGUGGAAUGAGUGUACCUCCUGCAGUUUAUAAGAGAGCCAAGCAGGUUUCUGAGAAUAAACGUGAGGGCUUCCUAAUAAAAGAGCUAGAGGAGAUACUUUCAAGGGAGGGGUUAUCCGCAAAUCCAUCUGAGAAAGAAAUUAAAGAAGUCAAAAAAAGAAAGGACAGAGCUAAAGAACUUGAAGGCAUUGACAUGAGCAACAUUGUUUCAAGUACACGGAGAAGGUCCACAACUAGCUUUGUAGCGCCUCCAAAACCCAAAAUUCCUCUUGAAAGUGAUGCCAAUGAUGCAGAAGGUACUGAUAGCAGUAACAAUGAGAGUGAUGCUGAAAAUGAUGACGAUGAUGACGAGGACGAUGGUGAUGAGAGCCAGAGCGAAGAGUUUAAUGAAGAUGAUGAUGAAGACAGCGAUUAAAUCCUUCAUAAGACAGUAACGGGAGCCUCAAUUGUGGUACAACCAUGCUAUGUAUUUUAUGUUUUCGUGUUUUGGCCCCUUAGUUUUCAUUAACUUGUUAUUGGGGACUAGUAAGCUGUGAUAGUAUUGUACUUACCUAUUAAUAGGGGGGCUUCAGGUUAGAUUUAGUAACUCAGGCAGUGCUUAAAUCUUGAAUGAAUUGUGAUUGUGCAGUGCAUAAUAAGCUGGAUCAUUAGGCUACAUCUUUCUGCUUCA